AUGCAGUCUUCUCCGGCUGCAUCCAUCUCGCAGACAAUGGACUUCAAAUACAACAUGACGACCCCACAAGUGACCACGAUGGCUCGGGAUACGAAGAAAGCGUUCGACAUCAGCAACCUCAUGUCUCCUCCCGAGCCAGUACCCUACGACAGCUUCAGCCAGGGGCAGCAACGUUCUGCGUCCGUGUCUUCCGGUACACAUCACGCACAUGAAGCGACCAAGCCUAGCAUGCCGAUGUCGCCCCCUGUUUCGCCCUAUAUCACAGAGUCAAGCAACGUUCCUGUACCUGGGACACCUGCAAAGGAUCCGAUCUUGUACCCUCGCGACGAUACCGCCUCGAGCCCUACCCAGCCGCCACUGUUUCCCAGCACUGAAUCAAUCGAACAUCGACGCAUCGUUGACGAGCACAUCGUUGCCCGGCCUCCUGGCCUUUUUCGUGAGGGUUCACCUCCCCAACGAGAGGAUUACGAACUUGCCCUGCAACUCAAGUCCCAGGUAAUGAGACUGUUUGCCAACAAGAGGAAGUCAUGGUACGAGAAAGAGAGAGAACAGGUCAGGGCCGACCGAAAGUUGAACCACGCUCGGUGGAACAGCGUCGUGCGAUAUCAGACCAUUGCCCCAGCCAAAUCUGCUCCUGCCAAGGCGACGAAAUCCGCCCCGACCAAACCCAAGGUUGCUACAUCUGCCAACUCGAAGCCCGACCGUGUUGUCAAGCCUCAGGCUCCUCGCCCUGUUCGCACCAGCCCUCCGACUCGUCACAUUCGUCGCGUUAGUGCCACGCCGGACCCUGCUCGUCGAGUAGUUGCGCCGAACCGGGAGGACCGCGACUUCGCAGCUCUCCCCGACUACUGCCCUCCGCUGUCUUCGCUGCCUGACAAACCAAACUCCUUGAAGGUGGACUGGAAGGGCGCUCCUAUCGACCUCAGUGACGACACCAACGUCCAUUUGCUCCACCCUGACGAGGUCACCCUCGCAGCCAACCUUCGGCUUGACUGCGCCACCUACCUCACAAGCAAGCGACGCAUUUUUGUCCGUCGGCUGGAGUGUGCACGAGUUGGCAAGGAGUUCCGCAAGACCGAUGCUCAGCAGGCCUGCAAGAUUGAUGUCAACAAGGCUUCGAAGUUAUGGACGGCUUUCGACAAGGUUGGCUGGCUUGAGCUGAAGUGGAUGAGCAAGUUUGUCUGA